UUCCCUCCCAUCCUUCUCUGUCAAACCUAUCUCUCUUUCUCUCCCUCCCUCUCCAUAGCUCCAAUGUUUCUCUGAACCUCAAAACUAAGGCACCUUACAAAAUGUCAAAGGCGGUGGUUUACACCGUAAUAGCCACCGCCACAUUAUUGAUCUUCAUAGUUCUUUCCCCAUUGAACCUUGAAGAAUCAAAAGGUCGCCUAAAUAAUAGAAGGUUUGGUUACAAAAUAUUAGAAAGAGCACCAACUUUUGACCCUCUUGUGACAAAGAUUGAGAGAGAGUCAGAACAAAAAAACCAACAACACAAAAAUGAUUUUGAUAAUAAUAAGAAUGUUGCACCACGUACGGGUUUGGGCAGUACCACAACGGUUAGUGAGAUUAAAGAGACAUAUGAAUAUCUUACAUCAGGUGGAACAUUGAAUACCACAUUAAGGUUGAUUAUUUUGUUUCCUUUGUUGGAUAGAGAUCCAAAAGAUGGGUUUGUUGGUUUUAAUGAAUUAGAAAGUUGGGUUACUCAAAGGGCUUUGGAGAGAUUGGAUUAUGCUACACAAGUUGAAUUGGAAUCUAAGGAUAAGAAUGGGGAUUUGGCUCUUUCUUUUAGGGAGUAUCUACCUGACUUAUCUGAAAAAGAUAUAGAGAAAAAAAAUAUGGCACAUGGCGAAGCAGGGUGGUUGAUGGAGAAAUUUGACGUUGCAGACUAUGAUCACAAUGGCCUUCUUAACUUCACCGAGCUUAGAGAUUUUUUGCACCCAGAAGAUAGCCAAAAUAAAGAAAUGUUGAAGUGGAUGGUGAAUGAUAAAUUUAAGCACAUGGAUGAUUAUGAACAUGAUGGGAAAAUAAAUUUCAAUCAAUUUGAAGACAAUGUAUAUGUUACAUAUGAAAGUUAUGUGGAUUUUGAAACCAAUGGAGAAGGGGAUAUACCUACUGCAAAGGACAAAUUUGCUGAGCUUGAUGUGAACAAAGAUCAGUUCUUGUCCCCUGAAGAAUUGUUUCCUAUUAUUCCUUACGUCUACCCUGGAGAGCUAGCUUAUGCUAAAUAUUACACAAGUUAUUUGAUGAAUGAGGCUGAUGAUAAUGAAGAUAGAAAAUUGACACUCGAUGAGAUGCUAGAUCAUGAAUUUGCUUUCUUUAACACAGUUCAUGCAGAUGGUCAUGUGGAAAUUGAUGAUGAUGAUCAUGAUGAGCUAUGAUUAGAAAUCAUUGUUUGACAUGUAUAAAUGAAGUAGCGAACUAGUUCUUCCUGAUUUUGGUUUUGAAAAAAAGAAAAGAAAAAAAAAAAAGAAUACAAACAAAUUCAAAUUGAAA